AUGGGUGGCGCAAACCGCGAAGGUGGCAAGGCCAAGCCUCUCAAGGCCGCGAAGAAGCAGAACAAGGACCUCGACGAGGACGAUCUCGCCUUCCUCGAGAAGAAGCGCGCCGAGGAGAAGGCUCGCAAGGACAUGGCCGCCAAGGCCGGCGGCAAGGGACCUUUGAACACCGGUGCCCAGGGCAUCAAGAAGUCCGGCAAGAAAUAA